UGCUUUCAACCAAGAUCAAGAGACUCCUUGACAAACUGCAAGUGAAUUCUACUAGCUAGGUAGCUUAUAGCAAGAGAGUGCAGCAGCAGUAGACUAGACUAAUCAUCACUACCACUACUAGAUGUCCUCAGAUGGCGAGAAGGAGUUGGUCAGCCCAGUGCUUGAAGGGGAGGCCCCUACACCACCAUUACCAGUAGACAGCCUUACUGCCCACCCACCAUCCAGCCACACACUCUCAACCAAGCUCAAGCAACUACUGGCUUGUCCCUCAAAGCAGAGCCAUGGAGACAAUGAACCCAAGCUCAAGAAAGAGUUUACUGUUCUCAGUGGAGUUGGAUUUAUUGCUGGAAAUAUCAUCGGCUCUGGAAUUUUCAUCACCCCACGGAACAUAUUUGUCAACACCGGUUCGUUUGGUUUGACGCUGGUUGCCUGGGUGAUUGGUGGUCUCAUAGCGUUGGCCGGGGGUCUGUGUUACAUUGAGUUGGGGGUGGUGGUUCGGAAGAGUGGAGGGGAAUACCCCAUCUUACGAACAGCCUAUUCUUUCAACAACAGGAACAGAUUUGUCAAGACCCUAGGAGCUGUGUUAGGGUUCCUGUACGCUUGGUCUGGUGUGCUGGUUAUUAGGAGUCUUAGUAUAUCCAUAUCGUUGCUCUCGUUUGCUCAAUACCUGUCACGGCCAUUUUAUAUAGACUGCGACCCACCUAAAGCUGUAGUGACUACACUGGCACUGGCAGGACUGUUGAUGGUGGCCCUCCUCAAUGUAUUCAGCGUGAAGCUACUAGCAAGAGUGAUGACCAUUCUGACAGCUCUCAAGGUUCUGUCAUUACUCGUCAUAGUAGUCGUGGGGACUGUCUAUAUUAUUAUUAACGGAUUCUCAUUGGACGCUCAAACUCCCUUCACCCCCCACGAAGGUAACGAACCCACCGUGACCUCUGUUGCCCUAGGCCUGUACGGAGUGGCUUAUGCUUAUGAUGGGUGGAGCAUAAUGAACUACGCUAUUGAAGAGACAAAAAAUGUUGAAAAGACCCUCCCCCGCGCUCUGUUGAUUGCUGUUCCCAUGGUUGCAGUCUGCUAUCUCCUUGUCAAUAUCGCCUACUUUGGAGUGCUCAGUUAUUGUCAGAUACUGGCCACGGAUACCAUCGCCUUGACAUUUGCUUAUCAGACUCUGGGCAGGGCUGGUCUGGUGAUCAUCCCAUUGAUGGUGGCUCUGUCCACUGUUGGAUCAGUUAUGGCCACCAUGUUUGCUGGCUCUAGACUAAUGUUUGUGUCCGCUAGGGACGGCCUAUUCCCUCAGGCUCUCAGUGGACUACACAGAUCCUUCAAGACACCCGUUCCUGCCAUCAUGCUCAUGGUGAUGCUGGCAUUUGUGGCUAUCAUGAUUGGAGAUUUGUCAUUUCUACUGGACGGCUAUAAUGUUGUGGCUUUCAUCAUCUAUGCCUUUGUGUUCAGUGCUCUACUGAUAUUGAGAGUGACUCAUAAAGAAGCUCCAAGACCCUUCAAGGCGUGGUUCAUAGUGCCUGUGGCAGUGUCGUGUGUGCUAGUGAGUGUGUUCCUGGUGGUGUUCCCUGUCCUACAAGAGCCCCUCCCAUGUCUCACGGCCUUUGCCCUCCUCCUCUCUGGACUGGUAGUCUAUCCUAUUAUGAUCCCCAACACUCCCUGGAAGAAACACCUCAACACUCUCAGUCGUCAUGUGACACAGUUCACGAUGGACCUACUCAACACUGAGAUGUUAAGGCACUCUGUCUCUGUAUUAAUGUCUGCUGUUAACCCACUGAAGACUGCACAACCUGACCCACUGGCUGGUGAGAAUAAUGGAGGGUCUAGUCUCAAGAAAGAGUUUACUGUUCUCAGUGGAGUUGGAUUUAUUGCUGGAAAUAUCAUCGGCUCUGGAAUUUUCAUCACCCCUCGUAAGAUUUUUGUCAACACUGGUUCGUUUGGUUUGACGCUGGUUGCCUGGGUGAUUGGUGGUCUCAUAGCGUUGGCCGGGGGUCUCUGUUACAUUGAGUUGGGGGUGGUGGUCCGGAAAAGUGGAGGGGAAUACCCCAUCCUACGAACAGCUUAUUCUUUUAACAAUAAGUGUGAGAGACUUGGCAAGGUUCUGGCGUUCCUAUUCCUGUGGACGUCUGUCACAGUGAUGAGGACUGUGGGAGCUGCUAUUGUCUUGUUGACCUGCGCUCACUAUCUGUCCCAACCAUUCUACAUCGACUCUCAAGCACCGCAGUUCCUCAUCACCGCUCUGGCAUUGGGGGUCCUAGGUAUUGUGACAGCAGUGAACCUCAUCAGUGUGCAGCUGACAGCUCGAGUGGCUACUGUCCUCUCUGCUCUCAAGGUCAUUGCUCUUCUCUUUGUUGCCCUGGUUGGGAUACACCACAUCGCUAUCAGUGGGGUCACAGAGCAGUUCCACUCCCCCUUUACCCCCUACGAAGGCCACACCCCCUCACCAUCGUCUAUUGCUCUAGCAAUGUAUGGAGUUACAUUUGCUUUCGAUGGAUGGAAUGCUAUGAACUAUGCAAUCGAGGAGACUCAGAACGUUGAGAAGACCCUCCCCCGCUCUCUGUUCAUUGCUGUCCCUAUAGUGGCGCUCUGUUAUCUCCUUGUCAAUAUUGCCUACUUUGGAGUGCUCUCUUACCAACAGAUACUUAGCUCUGAGACUAUUGGCCUGACAUUUGGGGAGGUGGCACUGGGUAGAGCUGGUCUCGUGGUCGUUCCUUUCAUGGUAGCCCUCUCAACCUUUGGUGCCUCUCUUUCCAGUGUCUACACUGGAUCUAGGCUAAUGUUUGCAGCUGCUAGAGACGGCCUAUUCCCUCAGGCACUCAGUGGACUACACAGAACCUACAAGACACCUGUUCCUGCCAUCAUGCUUCAGAUGGUGUUGAUGUCUAUAGGCGUUGCUAUUGGAGAUAUAUCUGUUCUAUUGGAUGGCUACAGUGCAGUGGCGUUUGUGUUCUAUGGUAUUGUAUUUGCUGCCGUUCUUGUCAUGAGAGUGACUGACAAGAAAGCUCCAAGACCAUUCAGAGCGUGGUUCAUAGUGCCUGUGGCAGUGUUGUGUGUGCUAAUGAGUGUGUUCCUGGUGGUGUUCCCUGUCCUACAAGAGCCCCUCCCAUGUCUCACGGCCUUUGCCCUCCUCCUCUCUGGACUGGUAGUCUAUCCUAUUAUGAUCCCCAACACUCCCUGGAAGAAACACCUCAACACUCUCAGUCUUAGACUCACUGACUUCACCAGCAAGUAUCUGAACUCUGAACCAUCCACAGUGACACUAUGACAUUUUUAAAUAGCUAUGAACAUCAGCAUUGAUUUUAUUUUUGCAAAAUUACAAUAAUAAUUAUACACAUGUAUCACAA